AUGGCAAUUCGUCCACAAACCACUCCAGUGCCGAAUCCCAUACUGAUCUUCAUGCCGGGCACAUCGCGGGCAGAGUCAACCCCUCCGGCUGCGACUCAGACACCCAUACCACUGCCGGACAGGACCGCCAUCUCCGAGUCUGAGAGGACCAAGCCCCGGGAUGACGAGCCAGAGGAGAAAUUCCCACAGCCCAAGCUGCGCCUGGAGAUCCGCAGCCUCGACCACCCCGGCGCAGCGCGCUUCCUCUCGGCGGUGAACGCCUCACAGGUGCUCAAGGACGCCGUCCACAACGUGCAGCGGCUGCUGUACGCCCGGCCCUCGGAGCCCACGACGCACGCGCCGCCCACGCGCUCCGUGACCGUCGUGCUGCGCGACAUGGGCGGCGUGGCGUACACGACGGGCUCGGAGCUGGACAACGACCACAAGGAAAUUCACUUCAGCCUCGGCUACAUCGCGGGCAUCAACCCACGGGACGGCCAGCCCGGCGGCGCCAAGCGCGCCACGGACGAGAUCACCGGCGUGCUGACGCACGAGCUCGUCCAUUGCUAUCAGUACAAUGGCAAAGGGACGUGUCCGGGCGGGCUCAUCGAGGGCAUUGCGGACUGGGUGAGGCUGAACUGCGACCUGUCGCCGCCGCAUUGGCGGCGGGAGACGAGCGGCAAGUGGGACGGGGGCUAUCAGCACACGGCAUACUUCCUAGAGUAUCUCGAGGAUCGGUUCGGGAGUGGCACAGUCAGGAGGUUGAAUGAGAAGCUAAGGACGCAGCGGUAUGAAGAAAAGGGGUUCUGGACUGAGCUGUUAGGGCGACCCGUGGAGCAGCUAUGGGGUGACUACGUUGAGAAGGUAAAGGAGGAAGAGAAAGGCCCUACAACCAAAGACGGUGAUAAAAAGGAGAGCUCAACGGUCGACGAGGGCACUCAGACUUGA